AUGCUCAUAUUCCUUUCUAGUCGCCGAAGACUUCUUCUUCCCAAUCCGUUGUUCGCUCUCUCGCAAGUAAUUAUCAAGGUUUUCGAUGAACACGAAGUAUUCAGGAAAUUGUCUAAAGGAAUCGGAUUAGCAGUAAAUGUAUCACAUGGAUCCUUUGCUGAUCCCACAAUGUUCCUAGCCAAGAUAACUGGAGACUUCCUGGAUUCCGACGAGGCGUACAUGACUAUGUAUGAAGUUUACCUUGAAGAAAUGAAGACAGGGCGGUUGAAGAAUUCGGAAGAUGCUCUUAAGGUGUAUAUGAAUUUGAAACAGAGGAGGGAUAUACCGCCAUCGUUAACCCGAAACAUUCAUGCAGGUAAAAUGAACGUUUCUGUUUUUGAGAAUCAGAUCGCUGCCAUCUAUGCGCCCGGAACCCCGUAUCAGGUUGCUGGUCGGCCACAAAAGUCAUCGUGCGGAAUAAUCCCGCCGAAUCGAUUCUCACAUGUUGGAAUGGGCGACAAAGAUUUGUACGUUGCUUUGGCAAGGAAGGAGAAUCAGGAUACAACAGCCUCAAUGUCAUGGGCCUCGCAUAAGGCAAGUGGUUUCUGUUCAACUAUGGCUGUGAUUUCAGGUAUAGCCAUUUUCAAUUUGUUUUCUUGA